AUCCAAUGCUAAAACGACACUAUGCGCGUCCCCUUCAAUCUCCACCUGAGAGAAGCCUGCCUGAAUGCAAAAAUACAGGCCAUUUUUGAACUUGUAUCAUUCAACAAAAUGCAUACUGCAGGCAUAUGACAUACCCCUGUUUUCAAGAAGACCAACAUCCAGGUCAUGCUAAAAUGGUGGAUAUGCAAUCAAAGGGAGUUGGUUGUCGGAUUAAGAAGUGUGCCUGUGAAUUACUGUCGCUUGGGAGUGAUCUGAUGGACGAUGCUUACUCAUGGGACUUGAUGGGAAGGGAUAUACGCCUCAAAUCGAUGUUCUUGUAUUGUGAUCUUAGUCAGUUGAUCUCUAAUGUCCCAAAGGAUCAGAAGAAGGCCCUGACAGAAGUUGGCAACAAAUUGUUUUCCUCCAUUGAAGAGUUGGAUCACGCAGUGAAAAUUCAUAGCAUUCCACUGACACGAGACCGAUACAACGAGGCUGGUGUCAUUCUACAAGAGCUGCUGGUUCUCAUGCCUUAAUCCAUGGCUCAGUUUGGUGUUUUAGUGUGAGACUGGUCUGUAUAUUGCCAGGGUGCAAUGCAGCAAUCUCAUCUUGUAAACAAAAUCUAAGUUUGUACAGUUUUACAUAAUCACAAAACUUCGAAUCUUGCAUUCAUAAUGCUUGUUUUCUUCCUAAUUUCUAGAUCCAAAGUAAUAGAAUACACAAGGAUGUCACAUCUUUCCUUGACUCAUCUAUACACAUCAA